AUGACAGGCAUUUCUACUUGUGCUACGGGAGGAAGGAUCUUUCAGUGCAAAGGAAACGGCCUAGCCUCGAAAGUAUUUCGCGAUGGAGCACGAGUACAAGAUCUCCCGGGGUACAUGGGCCUCGGACACCUUCGCUACCCCACUGCAGGCACGUCAGCCAACGCUGAAGCACAACCUUUCUUUGUGAACUCUCCUUAUGGCAUUAGCGCCGCUCAUAAUGGCAACCUCAUCAACGCACCUGAGUUGAGAGACUUCCUCGACCGAGAAGCACAUCGGCAUAUUAAUACCGAGUCUGACUCGGAAUUACUGCUCAAUGUAUUCGCGUCAGAAUUAAAUACCACUGGUAAGGCGAGGAUCAAUUGUGAUGAUAUAUUCGCCGCACUUGGGCGCAUGUAUGAACGUUUGGAAGGAGGGUUUGCAUGCACUGCCAUGCUUGCUGGCUUCGGUAUUAUUGGCUUUCGCGACAGUUAUGGCAUCAGACCUCUUGUGCUUGGCUCGAGACUGGCUUCCUCGGGACAAGGGAGAGAUUACAUGCUUUCUUCAGAGUCCGUAGCGCUUCAACAACUGGGAUACCUCAAAUCGAACAUUCAGGACAUAAAGCCAGGCCAAGCCGUCAUAAUACAGAAAGGAGCAGAGCCAGUCUUUGCCUCCGUUCAAACUCAGAAAAGAUAUUGCCCGGACAUCUUUGAAUUCUGCUAUUUUGCUAGGCCUGACAGCGUUAUUGAUGCUAUGAGCGUCCAUCAGAGUCGAGAAAACAUGGGAUAUAAGCUCGCCCAUCGAAUCGCGAAGGUCUUGUCUCCGUCACAGCUGGAAGAGAUUGAUGUAGUCAUGCCUAUCCCGGACACAAGUAACACCACAGCACCUUGUGUGGCCGCACGUCUCAACAAACCGUAUCGCCAAGGCUUCGUCAAGAAUCGCUACGUUUUUCGAACAUUUAUCAUGGGUGGCCAGAAAGCAAGGCAAAAGGGUGUCAGGAGGAAGAUGAACGCCAUGGAGCAGCAGUUUGUGGGGAAGAAUGUGCUACUAGUCGACGACAGCAUUGUGAGGGGUACUACGUCGCGAGAGAUUGUACUUAUGGCAAAGGAGGCUGGAGCAAAGAAGGUCUUUUUCGCCUCUGCUGCACCCCGUAUCCGCCACCCUCACAUAUACGGCAUAGAUCUGUCGUCGCCUUCUGAACUGAUAGCGCACAAGAGGACCGUGGAUGAAAUUGCUACACAUAUCGGAGCAGAGAAAGUCAUUUUCCAAGAGCUCGAUGAUCUUAUCGAUGCAUGCCGUCAAGCUGCACCUUCCGAUCACACCGCCAGGGAGACCCAGGACUUCGAGGUCGGCGUUUUCAACGGCCAGUAUGUAACGCCUGUCCCAGACGGCUACUUUGCUCAUCUCGAGCGCGUAAGAGGUGAGACCAAGAAGAUCAAGAUGAUAGAAAACGCCCGUGGCGCAGUCGCUAAUGGCUCAGCCGACCCUGAAGAGAUAAAGAUGGCUACAAAUGGAGCAGAGGUGAAGGAUGAUGGUAGUGUCGUUGCUUCGGGGCCUUUACAUGCUGGUAACAUGCCUGUUGUCAAUGGCAAUCAUUCACCCCUGCCGAACGGGAAGCGGAAACGAACAUUAGAAGAACACGAGAAGCCGAAGCGAACGAUGGACAUUUCAAUGCAUAACCAAGAUGACUUUGAAGUGGAGGAUUGA